UCUUCUUAUCAUCCCAUGAGAUUUUCUUUUUCACACAAAUCUCUGAAAUACGGCGAGAAUUUAGCCUGAUCCGCCGUAAUCCCAGAAUCCCAAAACCCCUCUCUUAUCCGAUUUCCAUAUCAUCAAUGUGAAACUCAAACUCAACCAAACAUCCCAGAUCCAUUAACCCAAAAACCAAAAAACGAAAGAAAAUGGUUUUUGGUAGAAUUAAGAAUUUGUUGAUCUUCCAUCAUUCGUCUCCGUCGUCGGAUUCCGCAACGACGUCGUCUUCCGAUUCCGUCCUGUUGGGCACACAAGAAGAUGAUCACACGACCACCAUAAUACCCAAUAACUCAAAGCACAAUCUCAGACUCUCUUCUUCUCUUCAAGAUCUCUCCACCUACCGCCUUCUCAACCAAAACCAAAAUCUCCCCAGUUUCUCAAAACACAAGUUCCCUUCUUCUUCCUCUUCUUAUUCAUCAUCAUGUUUUCGUUCUUUUUUACUUUUUCUUGUCCUUCUAAUCUCCGCAUUCCUUCUUUACCUUCUCGCUCUUUCGAUUUCUUCUUAUUGGCCCCAAAACGCCUCCAAAUUCUACGUCGUCCUCGACUGCGGAAGCACCGGCACUCGCGUUUAUAUUUACCAGGCUUCACUUGAUCGCCACAGUCGCGACCGUACUCUCCCGAUUUCGGUUAAGCCUUUUGGGAAGCCCGGACGGAGAAAGCCGGCUGGCCGGGCCUACAAUCGGAUGGAGACCGAGCCCGGAUUUCAUAAGUUGGUCGGCAAUGUGACUGGUUUGAAGGCUGCAAUUAGGCCUUUGAUUAAGUGGGCAGAGAAGCAAAUCCCGCGAAACGCUCACAAGACAACUUCCGUCUUCGUUUAUGCCACCGCCGGAGUGCGACGAUUGCCGGCCGCAGACUCGAGGCGGCUUCUGGACAAUGCCUGGUCCAUUCUCCAGGCUUCUCCGUUCUUGUGUAGGAGAGAGUGGGUUAAGAUCAUUAGUGGAAUGGAAGAGGCUUACUUUGGUUGGAUAGCUCUUAACCACCGGACUGGAAUGCUCGGGGCCCGGCCGAGGAAGCCGACUUUCGGGGCGCUUGAUUUGGGGGGCUCGUCGUUGCAGGUUACUUUUGAGAAUGUGCAAAAUGUGGAGAGUGAAACUAAUUUGGACCUUAGAAUUGGGAGUGUAAAUCAUCACCUCACUGCUUAUUCUCUCCCUGGCUAUGGCUUGAAUGACGCUUUCGAUAAGUCCGUGGCUCGCCUUUUUAAGGCAACGCCAAGGACGGAAUUAUCGAAUGGGAAGGUGGAGAUUAAGCAUCCCUGUUUGCAGACAGGGUACAAGGAGAGCUACACCUGCUCGCAGUGUGCCUCCGCAAAUCAUCAGCAAGGCGAGAGCCCCGUUGUCUCGGAGAAGAGUUUCGGGAAAUCAGGCACCAGUGUGAUGCUUAUUGGCACACCUAAUUGGGAUGAAUGCAGCGCGCUUGCGAAAAUUGCUGUCAAUGUGUCGGAAUGGAACAGUGUGAGCCCGGGAAUCGACUGUGAUGUACGACCUUGUGCUCUUGCCGAUGGCUUUGCCCGCCCUUCAGGCCAGUUCUACGCAAUGUCGGGCUUCUACGUGAUCUAUCGGUUUUUCAACCUGACUGCAGAUGCCACACUCGACGAUGUUUUGGAAAAGGGUCGGGGGUUCUGUGAAAGUACGUGGGAAGUUGCAAAGAACAGCGUUGCCCCGCAGCCAUAUAUUGAGCAGUACUGCUUUAGAGCACCAUACAUUGUGUCUCUGUUGAGACAGGGGUUGCACAUUACAGAAGACAAAGUCGUCAUUGGCUCCGGUAGUAUCACGUGGACGCUCGGGGUGGCUCUAUUGGAGGCAGGGAACACGUUUACGGCGAGAAUGGGGCUCGGAAGCUAUGAAAUACUAAAGAUGAAGAUAAACCCGUUGAUUCUUAUGGUGGUUUUGGUUGUGUCAUUGGUUUUUCUGCUUUGCGCAUUGUCUUGUGUUUGGAAUUGGAGGCCUAAAUUUUUCGGGAGGUCGUACCUCCCUCUUUUCAGACAUAAUAGUGCAUCUUCCGCGUCGGUUCUUAGUAUUUCAUCUCCGUUUCGUUUCCAGCGAUGGAGUCCUAUGAAUUCUGGGGAUGGAAGAGCAAAGAUGCCUUUGAGUCCAACAGUUGCAGGCACCCAACAUCGAACAUUUGGUUUUGGACACGGUGGUCUUGGCAGCAGUAGCAGCGGCGAAAUCCAGCUUAUGGAAUCUUCUCUGUACGCAUCUACGAGCAGUGUGGCACAGAGUUAUUCCUCCAAUAAUCUGGGGCAAAUACAACUUGACAGUGGAAGCAUGGCUUCUUUCUGGUCACCUCACCGAAGCCAGAUGCGUCUGCAGAGUAGGCGAUCGCAGUCUCGAGAAGACCUUAAUUCUUCGCUGGCUGAGGCACACCUGGUUAAGGGUUAGCGGGUGCUCAUCUAGAAAAUUUGGGAUGUAUGGUGAUGAUUUAAAGGGAAAAGGGAAAGGGAAAAAAAGGCAAAAAGAGAGAAAAAAUUGAGAAAGAAGAGAUGGAAAUUUCCAUUUAAGUUUAGGCACAUUCUUUUUGUAACAUAUAUACCUGAAUUCAGCUGAG